AUCCCCAUAGUGUCCGAAGUCAGAAAACCAUAUAUAAGAGAUUGUAUCGUAAAUGAUUUGAUAGCUGGACUGUCCGUAGCCUUCAUGCAUCUUCCUCAAGCUUUAGGAUUUGGAGUUCUAGCGUCGCUGAAACCAGUUAAUGGCUUAUACACCACUGUCUUCCCACUUAUCUGUUACGUCAUCUUUGGAACAUCACCUCACAUCUCAUUUGGAACCACGGCCAUUGCAUCCAUGAUGACUUCAUCUGUAGUGGAAAGGGAGGAGGCAAUAUUCAUCAAAACCCUGAAUAUCUCUGCCAAUGUGACCAUUGAUGAUCCACAGAUUCAAGACCAGUUACUCGAAUACAAGGUCAGUGUGUCAGUGGUGCUGUGCCUAUUGGUUGGUAUCAUUCUGACGGCAGUAGGACUCUUGCGUCUGGGCUUCAUCUCAACCUAUCUCUCAGAAUCAUUUAUUGGCGGAUUUACCUUCGCCUGUGCCAUUUAUAUUGCCACUAGCCAGCUGAGUAAAGCUUUGAACAUCACAGUUGGUGUAGUUUCUGGUCCAGGACGACUGUGGCGAUAUUACUGGAUCUUAUUUUCUCGUAUAGCCGAAACGAACUGGGCUGAUGCCGUGAUUGCUAUUUUCACUGGGGUGACCAUUCUUGGUGUCAAUAUCGGCAUCAAUCAACGAUAUAGAGAGAAACUAAAAAUACCCAUACCCAUUGAUUUGAUUGUAGUUGUCUUGUCAACGAUCAUUUCAAAGCUUGGGCAUUUCGAACUCAAUCUAGGCGUGGAUGUCGUUGGAGAAGUGAAGUCAGGUCUACCUGCCCCACAAGCUCCUGAUCUAUCCAGUGGAAUGUUUUCUAGAGUGUUCGCUGACAGCAUUUUAAUCGCAGUGGUAAUCUUUACAGCAACCAUUUCUCUGGCUAAACUGUGUGCUCAGAUCCAUAACAACUCCAUUGAUGACAACCAAGAAGUUUUUGCGUACGGUGUGACCAAUAUCAUUGCUUCGUUCUUCAUGUGUUUCCCUGCUAGCCAAGCUCAUCCAAGAACAAUGAUGUUGAGUUCGUUAAAGGUCAGGACGACAUUACAUGGAUUAUCGUCUGCCUUACUCAUACUGAUAGUUCUGUUGGGAGCUGGUACUUUAUUUUAUCACUUACCCAUUCCAGUUUUAGCUGCCAUGAUAAUCGUGGCUAUGAAAGAUUUGUUCCGCUUGAUCACAGUACUACCGUUUUAUUGGAGGGUUAGCAAGGCUGAUUUUCUGAUCUGGAUAACCACAGCUUUAGUAUGUCUGGCCACUGAUUUAGAAAUUGGCAUAUACUUCGGCAUUGCUUUUUCCAUAGCCACGGUAAUAUUUCACAGUUGUCCACAACUAGCUGAUGGUCAUCUAUUAGCCAGAGCGAAGGAUGAAGACCUUUAUCUUGAUAAACAUACACGAGGUGGUCUGGAGGAAAUUCCGGGAGUCAAAAUAUUUUCCUUUAAUUCCAAAUUGUACUUCGCAACCGCAGAGAUCUUCAAAAAAAAGCUAUAUGAAAAUGUAUUUGAGCCUCUUCAACCGGAAAUAAACAUUGGCUGUGACGGAAGUGAUGAUAUCAUAGUGCCACCUAUCUCAGGAGAAAGAAUCCACCAUAUUGUCAUUGACUGCUCGAGUAUAACGUACAUAGAUAUCACUGGCAUCAACGUCUUGCGACAAAUUGUAACUGACUACCGUCAUUGCGGAACAGAGAUCUUUCUUGUACGUGUUCCAGCCUUUACAGUUUCAGCUCUGGCAAAUAGUAACUUUUUCGACGUUCUGCCAAUGGAUAGUUUAUUCUUUGACGUAAGUGAUGCAGUUCAUGGAGCCACAUUCUUAGAUUUGAAGUCAACUACUGAUUGA